AUGAAGGACGAUUCACUCCGAACCCCUCUCGCCGUUGCCGCAUACUAUGGACAGAAGAAGAUCUUGCGAAUUCUUCUUGAGACGCCAGGUGUUGAGCUUGACCCCAAAGAAAAAACAGGUGCGACGCCCCUCCAACACGCUGCCAGUCGCGGUAACACAGAACUGGUUGAGGAGCUCCUGGCAACCGGUGCUGUCGAUGUCGACAGCACGGCAGCUUACAAUUUCACCCCUCUAUCUUCCGCUGCCAAUGCGGGGCACGACAAGAUUGUAGGCCUUCUCAUUGCCGCGGUUGCGAAUCCCGAUCAUCGAAACUCUGACGGCCGGACUCCGUUGUCAUCUGCUGCAUCUUCAGGCGCAGCCGAUGUGGUCAAAAUCCUGUUGGCAACUGGCCGAAAUAAUUCAACCCGACAGGCAUUGUCGGUGAUGAAACAACUGCUCGCCAUACCGGAAGUUGAUCCUAAUGCGCAAGACAGUGGUGGUCGAACUGCGCUAUCUCACGCCGCGGAAAUGCACGAGGUGGAUGCUGUACGAGUAUUACUGGAGGAUAAGCGAGUGGAUGUGAAUCUUGCUGAUAAGGAUGGUUGGACUCCCAUGACUUGGAUCGCGAAGAAAGUGAAGUCAUACCCUUGGAAUUACGAUUGA